AUGGCUUCAUCUUCCCGGAAUGCUAUGAUGUACUACCAUCCAUUUUGGGAAUACAUUCAAUUUGACCCUGGUUUCGUUGUUUACUGGUCAAAGGAAGUUAGACACAAUCUAAACUACUUAGUGGACCCAAGAGGAAAUAAGAUAGUUAUCCGCAUAGGUCAAACUUCAGUGCCUGAAAACUUCUUUUGUGGAGGUUAUGAAAUAGCAAGUUUUUACAAGUUGAAAGAAAACUAUUUUGUUGCAAUCAAAUACUUAGGAAACAGAGUAUUUGACUUAAGGAUUUUUGAUACUGACAUGACUGAAAUCCAAUACCCUGCCCCAAAAAAUCCGACAGAUGUCCACCCAGAAAUCCCAUUACCCAGAUUCUUCAACUGUUUCAAUGUCAAAUUAUCCAUACAACAGGAAUCUAUAACACUUGCUGAUGCAUUCUCACGGUUUUGGGAUCCAACAUUUGCGUCUGAUAACUUUGAGAUGAUUGAUCCAUACUUGGAUGCACAAUUUGCUGAUGUAGCCUUGGUAAAGAGUCAAACAAGCUAUAACCUCAGCAAUGAAAGUGGUGAUUUAUGGGAAUGUAAUAUUAGAUGGAGUAACAGAUCGGGUAUGGGAUGCUACAUCACUCAAGGAUGGAACCAGUUCUGCAUUGAUAAUGGACUUGAAGCUGGAAACAAAGUGAUGUUUGGAGUUGACAAAAACCGUUCAAGGACAAUUCAUGUUUUAAUCACUUAA